UCGACGUUAUUCGCGCAAACAGCGAGCGAGGCAGCGCAGUCUCGCGGCGGCAAUCGAGUUUUUCCAAACACCUCUUUAUAAGUCCGAAGUCUUUCCCCUCCACCCGACCUGUUAAAACCACGCCUACGGAGGCACACAAUUGGUCCCGAAAGCGUCAAAGAGCCAAUCAACGGAGUCUGGCGUCUGGCAACGCGCGUCACAUCCACACGGCUCUGGAGCUCAUGGAAUUCAGAAGCACUGGUAAGAUCUCGGUGCUGGGAACUCGCCACCUCCGCGCGGGCCAAACGGACUUUCUCCAACGUUGGUGUGUGUGUGUAUUUGUGUUUUUGUUUUUGUUUUUUGUUUUCUUUUUAUAGGAAAUGUGUGUGCGCGUGAAGACAUGGGCUAUGUAAUAAACUAAUGGACUCGGGGAAAUUAAUUUGAGCCACCGGUGCGUCUGUGUGGAAGGAGUGAUCUAAAGGCAGCGAACGCGUUUCCAGCAGAAUGUAGAUUUUGAACACCAGCAACAUGAACGCAUAUUUAUAAAAAAAAAAAAAAAUCACUGUGACUCGCACUCUUUUGCUUUUGUUUUUGUGUGUAUUUGUUUCUUUUUCGUCUUGCUUAAGCGAGCUGUACACACGCACGACAGACAGCAUUUGAAGAUAAACUGUACAGCAACGCCGACGAGGACUUAAUGGAUAGCCUUCUCUUGUUCUCUGUUGCAGUCACUUUACUGGAAUCCAUCUAACGAAGAGCACCACGCUACUCGAACCUAGGCGGUGGAUGCUUAGGUUUUAUUUACAAAACUGGAUUUGUGCGGAUUUCUAAAAAACUGGAUAAAGAAUCGGACUCUGUAGCGCUGUUAGAAAACUCAAAGCAAGACACAACUUCUAGACUAUCAGAUAUUGCUAUAUGCAAUAUCUGGACUUUUGGAUGACCUUCCUGAUGAGAGAUCCAGUUAUCCAAGGCUCGAGUAUGGCAUACCACCCGUUUUUGCCUAACCGGGGUCCAGAGUUUGCCAUGAGUGCCAUGCUGGGCCACCAGCCGCCCUUCUUCCCCGCGUUGGCACUGCCACCGAACGGCUCGCUUUCGCUACCAGGAGCGCUCGGGAAGCCUAUUAUGGAACAGUUGAUGGGCACCGCGGAUUCGGGCCUGCAUUUCUCCUCUCUGGGGCAUCAGGCCGCCGCUGCUCAUCUUCGGCCUCUUAAAACACUCGAGCCGGAGGAGGAAGUGGAGGACGACCCAAAAGUUCAUCUCGAAGCGAAGGAACUUUGGGAGCUCUUUCACAAGUGCGGCACAGAAAUGGUUAUCACCAAAUCAGGAAGACGAAUGUUUCCUCCGUUUAAAGUAAGAUGCACUGGCCUGGACAAGAAAGCCAAAUAUAUUCUCUUGAUGGAUAUUGUAGCGGCUGACGACUGUAGGUAUAAAUUUCAUAAUUCGCGUUGGAUGGUGGCCGGUAAAGCUGACCCCGAAAUGCCAAAGCGCAUGUACAUUCACCCGGACAGCCCAGCAACUGGCGAGCAAUGGAUGUCCAAAGUCGUCAACUUUCACAAACUUAAACUGACCAACAAUAUCUCGGAUAAGCAUGGAUUUGCCUUGUUUUCAUUGCAGACAAUUUUAAACUCCAUGCACAAAUACCAGCCAAGAUUUCACAUUGUUCGGGCCAACGACAUUCUCAAACUCCCCUACAGCACGUUCAGAACUUACGUUUUCCCCGAGACUGAUUUUAUUGCUGUUACUGCGUACCAAAACGACAAGAUUACACAGCUGAAAAUCGACCACAAUCCAUUUGCUAAGGGUUUUCGAGAUACUGGAAAUGGAAGACGUGAAAAAAGAAAACAGCUGGCCUUACAAUCCUUACGAUCCUACGAGGAACCGCAGAAAAAAGAGAACGGCACGUCUGACGAUUCAUCCGGAGAACAGACUUCAUUUAAAUGUUUUCGUCCAGCUUCAUCUCCUGCAGUGGCCACCGUGGGUCGGCAGAGUCUUAAAGACUUCUGUGACAGCGACGAAGACAGUGACGAGGACGAAAGAGACGUAAACCCCAAAGAAGGACCAGACUCCAGCAAAAUCUCCACCACCACCACUGAAGACGCAAAGGAACGCGAGGGUGCUUUGAACAAACUCAACUCGUUUGGGGAAAGCGACUCUCGUUUGAGAGAGAGCAGGACUGAGAAAAGCCGUGCCGAUUCGCGACACAGCCCUGUAACGCUCAUUUCCAGCACCACGCGCUCGGGAGAAGAUCACAAAAGUCCCGCAGGAGAGCAGCCCAAACUGGACGAGUGCCGCUCCGUUAGCAAGGAGAGUUAUACGACACCAUUGACUGUUCAGACAGACGCCGGCGUGCAUCUGAACCAAAGCCACUUACACAAUUUCGGAUUUCCGCCCGGUUUGGCCGGGCAGCAGUUUUUCAAUCACUUGGGAAGCGCCCAUCCUUUCCUCUUGCAUCCCAGUCAGUUCAAUAUGGGAGGUGCGUUUUCCAAUAUGGCCGCCGGGAUGGGGCCAUUAUUGGCAGCCGUGUCCUCCGGAGGAGUGACCAGCAUGGACACGGCCAGUAUGGCGUCACCGUCGCAAAGUCUGACUGGAGCGCCGGGAGUGCCUUUUCAUCUGCAGCAACACGUCCUGGCAUCUCAGGGAUUGGCGAUGUCUCCUUUUGGAGGCCUUUUCCCAUAUCCCUAUACGUACAUGGCAGCAGCAGCUGCUGCCUCUUCCGCGGCAGCCACCUCCUCGGUUCAUCGCCACCCGUUCCUUAACGCCGUACGCCCGCGGCUCCGGUACAGCCCUUAUUCAUUACCGAGUGUCCCGGACAGCACUUUGCUCACAACCGCCAUUCCUCCCAUCGACCUCAAGGGGGACGUCAUGGCGUCUAGUCCGGUAUCUGCGACUCUGGACUCCACGUCUGAGGUGACCAGCCGCUCUUCGACCAUAUCAUCCGGCUCCGUGUCUCUUUCUCCCAAAACGGGCUCUGAAAAAGAUUCAAACAACGAGUUGCAGAGCAUUCAGCGCCUUGUGAGCGGACUCGAUUCAAAGCAGGACAGAGAGCGAAGCGUAUCUCCAUAAUAAUACAUAUUAUUAUUAUUAAUUAUUAUUAUUAAUAAUAAUAAUAACAAAACAUGAUCUGCAUUGGGAAUCAUUAAAGGACAUCGAUGAUAUGGAUCGUGUACGACGACGCCCUUCUAGCGAAAGCGGGUUUACAUAGGCUGCGGAUCUAUAAAUAAAGAAAAUGUUCGAUUUAAAAAAAUGCACUUUGGUAAAAGACAAAAUUAAAAAAAAAAAAAAUCUUAGUUGUGUUCUCGUCUUGUUAAAUUAAAACGAUAUCCUUUUUUUUCUCCUGAUGUUUGAAUAGAUUACCGUAGAAGUAUUGAAAAUGAACAGCUUGGCAAGGAAGAUGUCACAGGUCGAAUAAGCUGCUGCUGUCCUAUCUACGUUUUAUGUCAAGUUGCUGGAGGGUGUCAAUAGAGUAAUUUUAAUAUGCACUCUUAAUAGAUUCAUAGUUUAUUGGAUAUCUCUUUAUCUAAUAAAAACAAAAAGACUGCUGUGUUUUUUUUUUUACUUAGUUAUUAUAUAGUUUAUUAUUUUAAACCUGUCAUUACUGCCAGAUGAAAGCAGGCGUUCUGCAUGUCACGGUUUUUGUUUUGUUUUGUUGUUUUUUUAUUACCAAAUACACACCAACUACAUCCAGCGUGAAAUAUGACGAAGCAGUGCGUGCAAUAUUACUUAACGGGUUUACUUUCAUCUCAUGUGUAGACUCAUGUGCCCUAAGUCAUUGAGCAAACAUUGGGGGGAAAGAAACUGUAACCUAAAGUUCUGAAUUUGCAAUCACUCAAACAGCCACGUGUACAUAAAUACAUGGGUUAAACCCAAAAUUAAUCAAACCAUCUGAUAUUGUAAGCUACCCCGAGGUACACACACAAAAAAAAAAAAACAAUCCAGCGUUAAUAGGAAUUGGGGGAAUGGGGAAGCGAACUGACGGAUGCGGUUCUAAUGACUAUAAUGUAAAUAGUGACAUAUACUGUAGCUAUAAAGUAUUUAUGUAAUUAUUUCAUAUGAAUAUUGCGUGUAAAUAUGAUGGAGUUGGUUUCUUCCUAGGGGAUCUGUUAUUAAUUUAUUGUUGAUAUACUGUGUAAAAAAAUCGUUGGUGAGAUAUUCUCUUUGCUUAUGACAUUCACAAUGACGUCCCUCUCUGACUAUGGAUUGUAAUGAGCCCCGCAAAAUAUCUGCAGUGCUAGGUUCCUAGCAGACCCAUGUGCCAUUGUUCCAUACUGUUCUGUGUUAAAAGUGUUUCUGUUCAAACGCAUUAAAGGCGACAGCGCAUUGCGCCAGUGUCUUCAUACUGAUGAUAAAUUUCUUUCUUUCUUAUUUUUCCCCCUACAACAACAACAAAAAUAUCAUGGAAAAAUAUUCAACGUUUGUUGCCAGAAGUGUAAAGUAAGAUAUUUUUUGUAUAUAUUUGUUUUUUUGUUUGUUUGUUUUUUUAUUAUAAUUAUUUAAUUUUGAACAGUUUACAUCAGCAGUGUUUUCUUGAAAGUGUCAAUAAAGAAGUCAAAUCAAUGAAGAUUUACAUUUGGAUGAAGAAAGCUUAAAAGAUGUAGAUAAUUUCUUAAAGACUGUCAAAUGUUUGGUCACAUACAAAGAAAUAUAAAGUGCAGAAAAGGAGGCUAAAAUCAGUAUAUUUACUCAGUUUCUGUUGGCAGUAUACCGUAGUAUACAAAUAUUCUAGAUUAUACACUCUCGGAAAUAAAGGUUAUACUAAUCCUUGUCUCUGGCUUAGAACACAAUAUGGUGAACCUUUAGUAUUUUUUUGUUUUGUUUUGUUUUUAAGGUCCAACAAUGUACCCCCAAAUAAUUAAGUGUUUACUGUAAAAAUAUUCAAUCUAAAAGUUGAUGGUAAAAGCACA